CGCCGCCGCCGCGGAGCGCCGCCGCUGAAGUGAAACACAGCCAGCGCCAGCCGUUGGUGCUUCAACAAGAAAGAUGCUUUCCGCCGCAACUCUCCCCGUGCUGCUAGUUUUAUUCGGCCUGGCAGCGAGCAAACAAAAAGAUUUGUAUACUUUCAAAGUUGUGAACAGCCGAGGGAAAUUGGUGUCACUUGAAAAAUACAGGGGCUCGGUAUCCCUGGUCGUGAACGUGGCCAGUGAAUGCGGUUACACCGAGGAACACUACAAAGGCCUUCAGAAACUGCAACGGGACUUGGGGCCGUAUCACUUCAAUGUCCUGGCAUUUCCCUGCAACCAAUUUGGCCAGCAGGAACCUGGCAGCGACAAGGAGAUUGACAGCUUUGUGCGCAGAGUCUACGGAGCCUCAUUUCCCCUCUUUAGUAAAAUUGCUGUGGCAGGAACAGGAGCGAACGACGUCUACAAGUACCUUGUUGAGUCCUCUGGGAAGGAGCCCGACUGGAAUUUCUGGAAAUACCUUAUCGAUGUGGAUGGAAAAGUGGUGGAUGCGUGGGGACCGCAGGUUUCGCUUGAAGAAUUACGUCCAAAAAUAGCUGACAUGGUGCGGCAGAUCAUCCUAAAGAAGAAAGAAGAGUUGUAAUUUCCUACUACACCAUCUAUCUAUCCAUCGGUCAAGCUGUCUGUCGGUGUGUGCACUCCACUCAUCUGCUUGAGUAGAUUCCAAUGACUUCCUUUGGGAAACAAAUGAUAAACGGAGUAAGCAUCAAAUGAAUGCACUGAUUAAACAUCAGAAAAUGUGUUCCUCCAUUGAGUGUUGCAUAAGGUUUCCAUUUUUUUAAUAAAGUGGCAUUCGUGACAACUUUUUUGUUGUUGUUGAACAGACA